GAUAGACUAAACCCUAGCUAGGCUAUGUGGUUGUAUUAAUAGAAACCUGGCUUUUUUUCUGUAUAUAAAGUAGCUAAUGCCUGCAGCACCUGAUGUUUCUGUGCCUAGCACUAACCCGAAAACAGCUCUUAGCAUCCUCCAUAGAUUAUAUUUAUAAAGCAUUAAAACAACCGUGAAAAAGUCUUCACUCGUUAUAUACUUCAGCAUGAAUGGGUGAAGUAUGCAGUCCUGGAUGUCUGCUCUAAUAUCUGUCCUAACGCUAAAUGCCCUCAGUGCUUCGCCGCUUAAAGUGCCACCCCUUAAUUACUGCUACACAGAAGACACCUGUAGUCCAUAUAACUGGGUGAAAACGUUUCCAACCUGCAUCGCCAAAGAGACAAUGCUGCACUCUCCCAUCAACCUGGAACAUAUUGUUAUUAAGAAUGACUCCAUUGAUCCUCUGGAGCUGCGAGGCUUCGGUGUGCCUCAGAAGUCCUGGACUGUAGUCAAUGUCCGGGACACUGUUGCUGUGAAGUUUCAAGCAGGCAUGACUGUGAAAGGUGGCAGUAUAAAGCAUGAUUACCAAAUCGUAGAGAUGAGAUUCCACUGGGGUUCAAAUACCACCAACGGAUCAGAGCAUAAACUUGACGAUCGCAGGUUUCCUAUGGAGAUGCAGAUUGUGGGCCUUGCUCCUGGAUUCUCUGAUGUGGAAGCCGCUUCUCUUGUGCAGUCAGGCCUGCUUAUGAUAGGAAUCUUUGUUGAUAUCGCCUCUGAUGAGAAUAAAGCAUUUAAAGCCAUAGCUCAUGCUGUGCUCAACGUGCCGUACCCAGGCGAUUCAGUGAGUGUGACUCCUCCAGCGUUGUCGCGCCUCCUUCCUGAUAAUUAUAAAUUCUAUCAGUAUCAUGGAGGCCAGACAACUCCGCCCUGCCUCCAGACUGUGACUUGGAUUGUGUUUGAGAAGCCCAUUUUCAUCUCCAGAGAGCAGUAUUUUCCGUUCAUCACACAUCUGUUUUACUCCGAUAAAAACGACACCGUGAAGAAGUUUUUGGUGGACAACUAUCGUUUCAUCCAGCCCAGGUUGAACCGCCAAAUCUUUGUUUCUUCUGCUGUGAAGAUCCGCUCAGCUAGAGGGGCCGCUCCGAGCCAGCACACACUCUUCAUCCCCCUCCUCAUCCUCACCAGCAAGCUGUCUCUCACAAUGCCUUAAACAAUGAAGCAUUUAUCAUAAUAGUCAGCAGUUUUAAGUAAUAAAGCAAUAACAGUUUUAAGAGAAUGUGCACGGAAGCAACAGUGAAGAAUAACUAAAUGCGGUAUGCUUAUAAAUAUGCAGUUUAAGCAGUACAAUAAAGAAUGCUUUCACUGCGCUGUGGGCUAGUUGGAGUCAAAUGACUAAUUUCAGGUAUUCCACUGCACAUUAGCAUCGAAUGUAGCUCAAACCGCCUUACUAUUGUAAUAUACUAUUGUAACAUAGUCAUCCCUAAAAAAAAAACUUUCAGUUCAGGUCUGUGCAAUAUUUGUUUGUUUUAUUGAUUGCUAGUAAACAAUGUGAAAUGUUAGUUAACAAUGUUAUAUGUUAACAACAAUGUUCAGAUAAUUUCAGUUUCAUGUUUGUGUUGUUUUUUUUUUUUUGACUACUUAACACACAUCAUUAUCAG